AUGUUUAAGUGUGAUAUGUGAUGUUUAAUGACAAAUUUUAUGUUGAAUUGUAGCCUUUCAACCAAUAUUGUACAUUUUUAGGGAGCAGGAGAUUGUCGAGGCCAUUUUAAAUGAGUUUGAUUCUAUGGUGCUAAGUGAGACUGAAUCAAGCAUAUGUAUGUGUAAAAUAUCUGAUCCCGUACUACCAGAUUCCUGCGAAGUAGAAGUAAACGAAAAAAAAUUAUUUAGGAUCUAACAAUACAAAAUUUCAAGUAUUAAAAGAAAGAGAAAAUCGCAGUAGCAUCAUCAAAAAAUCACAACAGUUGCAAAAGGAAAUUGAAGAGUCUACUACUACAGAUGUAACUUUACUACCAAGAACAAUUCCAACGGGAGAGAUCCGUAUAACGAUGGAACAAGAACCUGCUGCAUCAUUAGAUUUAUAUUUAAGUAAUGUAGAAUCAGUUAGACAUAAAUUUGGAUCUAUUGACAGAGGAUAUGAUCCUGAAGCAAUAAAACCUUAUGCGCCGGAAUGUGAUGUAGAAAUGAAAGUAAAUGAAUCAGUAGAGAGCAAUGAAGAGUUUGAGCUUCCUGAGAUAAGUGCAAGAGAAGGAUCAAGCAAAAAUGUAAACGUUCUAUGGUGACUAAUAUUGAACCAUCCGUGAUAGUGAUAAAUAAUAAAUCAUAUGGAAGUGCAACAUCAUCUGACUCUGAUUUUCGUGAUGCAGAAAGCAGUUUGAAUAAAUCUCAACCUGGUGUUAAAAUAUAUACACAGAAACGUAGCUUUCGAAGUAUCAGUAGAAGAAUGUCUAAGCAAAGCUUACAUAAAAGCAGUUAUAGAAAUGACAAGAUUUAUCCACAAGCGAAUAUAGAAGCUUCUUCUACUUCGAAAGAUAUUGUACCAUCAGUAAUAGUGAUGAACGAUAAUUUGGAUGAGAGUGCAAUAAUAUUAGACUCUAAUUUUCACCAUACAAAAUUGAGCAUAUAUAAAUCCAAAAGUGGUUACAGAGUAUUUCACCUUAACUCAAGAAUUCAAUCAUGUUACAAUCAAGAAGAAAUGAAAAUCACUGAAAUAAGCGAAAGUCCAGACAAUUAUAGGAGACGGUUGAGAUGAUUGCAGGAGAAUAUGCAGGCACCUAUUAGCUCUACCAAUAUUGAGUCAUCAGUAAUAGUGAUAAACGAUUACUCAAACGAGAGCCCCAUGUCAUCACAUUCAACCGGAGAAAUACAAAGACGGACAGAACGUAGUUUUGCUUUCUUAUCAGACUUAGAUUGUAGUGAUGUAGAAAUAUGUAAGCAUACCUUAGGAAAUCAGAAUAGAGCUUAUGAACCUUCUGAAGAUAUAUAACUAAGAAAUGAAGCACAAUUAACUAGUUCCUCUAAAAUAAGGGUUCUGGAUUCUGAUUUAAGAAAUAUUAAUUUGUAUAAUUCCUACAUUUGGAGUACAACCGGACUUUUAAAGGUAGCACAGGUGGUAAGGAAAUUUAAAAAUUAAAAAAAUAUUGUAUAUAUUUAAGCAGAAAAAAGACGUUUUGAUGAAUUGAAAUCGGUCUUGUUACAAGAAAAACAGAUAAUGUUUUUACUCAAAAAGUAGGCUUACGGUCUUCUUCCUCGAAAAAGGAUGGGCUGAAACCUAUUUUUAAAUCUAGAAAUGUGCUCAGAAACGAUGUAACAAACACAAGCUUCUAAAAAAGACUAAUUAUAAACAAAUAUUGCGUUAUAAGGUGAGUACUUAUAGGGGUAAAGAGUUCCAUUUGAGCAAAGCCUAACAAAUAUUUACCAAAUUAAUUAAUAUGAAUAAAAAGUGCACAUUAAGAAAAAUACAAUGUUACGGUUAAGUUUCGGCAGCAUAUCUCGACGUACCCAUUCCAUACCAUUUCACGUCGCA